UGGUGAGCUGCAUCAGAAUCCAACUUCCAACAAAUUGUUUAUCAACAUCAACCUUGAAGAACUCAGCUGUAGCUGCUUUGGCGUUCCCGGGUUUUGACAUUAUAUUGGGGUGUUUGCCCUAUCGGUGGUUGUCUGUUUUUUUCAAUAGGGAUAUGGCUUUAUUAAAGUCCCUGAGGAGGGUUGUCAUGACUCCUGUUAUAUAUAAAUAUCCGUGUCGAAACGUUGCUUAUGUGCAGGGUCAAGAGCCUGAACCAAAAAUACGCGAAUAUUUUUAUUACAUUGAUCAUGAAGGAAUGCUUUUUCUAGACGAUGCAAAAAUGAAAAACUUCACAUCUUGCUUUAAAGAGAAAAAAUUCCUUCAUUUCUUCUUCACACGGGUCCGACUGAACUCCACCAAUCGCUACCGCGAAGACUUUCCAUUCAUAUCUCCAUGCGGGCGAGAAAGGAAUUUCAUCAGAUGCGACGACUUGCCUAUAGUUUACACACAUAUUAUACGUGAUGCAUCAGGAAAAGAAAAAUUAUCAUACGCUCAUGCUGGGGACCUGCUCACAGUGGACUUUGAGCCCGACAAGAUUUACAUGGCGCCAGAAACCGGCAGAGUAUACCAUCCAGCCUGGGAACGGGUAGGAAAAAUUGGUUUAAUACGAUCGAAGCUCGCAAUUGAGAUUAGUAAACAUUUCGAAUUUGCCGAUGGGGAAAAUCACCCGCCAACGCACUUCACGUGGAAAGGAGUUAAACUGAAAUUGGAUAGGGACUGGGUCCAAGACUCCAUAUUGAAAGAAAGACUUAUGCACUGAAGUUGAGCUAGUUUUGUAACUUUGUUUUAAUAAAAAAAUAUCAACUUGAAUUGACUAUA